AUGUCAGGGGCAUGGGGGCAGGGGGCCGAGCCCCAAAGCCCCAAGUCCGUGCUUAUCUGCGUGGCCACGGGCACCGGCAUCGCCCCCUUCCGGUCCUUCUGGCGCCGCUGCUUCUACGAGGACGUCCCCGGCUGGAAGUUCGACGGCCUCUUCUGGCUCUUCAUGGGCGUCGCCAACAGCGACAGCCUGCUCUACGAGGACGAGAUCCAGGCCAUCAAGGCGACCUACCCGGACAACUUCCGCGUGGACUACGCUCUGUCGCGCGAGCAGAAGAACAAGAGCGGCGGCAAGAUGUACAUCCAGGACAAGGUCGAGGAGUACGCAGACAUCAUCUUCAAGCUCCUGGACGAGGGCGCCCACAUCUACUUCUGCGGCCUCAAGGGCAUGAUGCCCGGCAUCACAUCCAUGCUGGAGCGCGUGUCAAAGGCAAAGGGCCUGAACUUUGAGGAAUUCGCAGAGAAGCUCAAGCACAGUGAGCGCGGCCUGAGCGGCCCGGAGAACCAGUGGCACGUGGAGGUGUACUAA